AUGGAUUCAGAACACAUCAGAGAGGACCCAGCCAUAGAGCUACAACAAAAUAGAGGCAUUAAGCCUGAUGAAAAUAACCAGCAGGUGAAGGAUCAAGAGCAAAUUGUUAUAUGCCAGGAUGCCAACGAACCGGAUUAUCCUCACGGUAUCAAGCUCGCUGUGGUUAUUGGCUCUCUCGCUGCUUCGGUUUUCUUAGUAGCAUUGGACGAAACUAUUAUUACAACUGCAAUUCCCAAAAUUACUAAUGACUUCCACUCCAUUAAUGAUAUUGGAUGCUUUAUUACUUUUGCAGCCUUUCAGCUUAUAUUUGGAAAGCUUUUCUCAUUUUAUUCCAUUAAAUACGUUUUUCUGGCCUCAGUUGUCAUCUUUGAAGUUGGUUCCUUGAUAUGUGCUACUGCUCUAACCUCUAGGAUCUUUAUAAUAGGCCGUGCUUUUGCCGGCCUAGGCAGCGCUGGUAUAAAUGCUGGCUUCAUAAUUAUUCUGGCAAGCUGUCUUCCAUUAGCACGGAGGCCAAUAUUUGUCAGCUCAUAUAGUGGCAUGUAUGGUAUCGCGUCUGUUGUUGCGCCUCUCCUGGGCGGAGUGUUUACAACAAGAGCGACAUGGCGGUGGUGCUUCUAUAUAAAUUUGCCAAUCGGAGGAGCCGCAUUACUGACAAUGGCACUAUUUUUCUAUCCCCCAACCAAAGAGAAACAAUCACCACCCACCACCUGGCAGCAAAAACUUGGGCAGAUGGAUCUUCUUGGAACUGCUAUUCUGGUACCGGGCAUCAUCUGCUUGCUUCUUGCGCUUCAAUGGGGUGGCUCAGUAUACCAAUGGAAUACUGCUCCUCCAAUCGCUUUGCUAGCAACAGCAGGAACGGCUGGAUUGAUAUUUAUAUCAAUCCAGGUCUGGAAGCAAGAGAGCGCUACUGUGCCUCCUAGAAUUAUAAAGCAACGCAGUGUGGCGUGCAGUGCCUGCUAUGUUUUCCAUGCCGGAGGGGCACUUAAUGUGUUUCAAUACUUUUUACCCAUCUGGUUUCAAGCCAUCCAAGGCGUUACAGCGUUUGACUCGGGAAGUCGCAUUCUGCCGACUACCUUGGGUACUGUUAUCUUCUCUCUUGUCGCUGGCAUUGGCGUUGCGAAAACUGGAUAUUAUACCCCCUUCAUGAUUCUAGGUGCCACGCUGUUGCUUAUAGGUGCGUCCUUAGCAACGACUUGGCAGGUUGCGUCGCCAUCUGCUCAAUGGAUAGGAUACCAGAUUAUCUUUAGCGCUGGGGCUGGCCUUGGAAUUCAACAGGCGCACACAGCUGCUCAAACAGUUCUCGCUUUUGUGGAUGUACCGAUCGGAGCUGUUAUUAUGAUCUUUGCUCAGAUUCUUGGAGGUGCCGUGUGGCUAUCUGUGGCACAGAAUGUGCUAACGAGUCAGUUACUCCGGGGCCUCGCUAGUACUGUACCAGGCCUGGAUCCUAAACUUGUGCUUGAUAGGGGAGCCACAGGUUUCCGGACGGUAGUUAAACCAGAGUUUUUAGACGGGGUCUUAGAGGCAUACAAUUUUGCCUUGACCAGGACACUCUAUUGCGGAGUUGCCCUGGCAGCAGCAGCAUUAAUCUCCUCGGUAGGGAUGGAAUGGAGGUCAAUUAAGAAGGUAUCGAGCGCUGGCAGAGGUUGA